CUGAUGACGUAACUUGGUGCGGCAGAUGUAGCCCGUUGACGGGUCACCUGUUCACCCUGAAAGGUAACCAAUGAGCAGCCGCUGCUUCAUCGGAGUACCGGAACCGAGGAGGGACAUAAACUCCGAAACGAGCCCGGCGGUGUUUACAUCACAGGUCCGUUUAGGAGAACCGGUUCCGGGUAAAAAGCAGCUAUAGCGACUUGGAGCUGUUGUGACGUAGAUGACCAUCGGCACGCAGACAGUUGUUUAGGACUCCCAAUAGCCGCGCGUAGCGUGGAGCGUCAAGCUAGCUCAUGUCAGCCGCGUGAGCGUUAGCAGCAGUCAGCUGACCACCGCCCGCGCGCGGAGCAGCAUGGAGCCGCUGAAAGUCAAGGACCGCAUUCUGGAGAACAUCUCCCUGUCCGUCAAGAAGUUACAGAGUUAUUUUGCCGCCUGUGAGGACGAAACUCCGGCUAUCCGGAACCACGACCGUGUUCUUCAGCGUCUGUGUGAACACCUCGACCACGCUCUGCUCUAUGGGCUGCAGGACAUCUCAUCGGGAUACUGGGUUCUGGUCCUGCACUUCACCAGGAGAGAAGCUGUCCGGCAAAUCGAUGAGCUCAGUCACAUCGCAACCAACCUGGGUCGAAGCCGGGCCUGGCUGUAUCUGGCUCUGAGCGAGAGCUCUCUGGAGAGCUACCUGCGCCUCUUCCAGGAGAACCAAGGACUGCUGCAGAAGUAUUAUUUCAAGAACGCCUUGGUUUGCAGUCACGACCACCUCACCCUGUUUGUCACGCUGGUCUCGGGUCUGGAGUUCAUUCGCUUCGAUCUGGACCUGGACGUUCCCUAUCUGGACGUGGCCCCCUACAUGCCCGAGUACUACAAACCCCAGAACCUGCUGGACUUUGAGGAACGGCUGCCCAGUUCAGACAGCCUGUCCCUGCAUUCCUUCACGUCUCUCACCUCAACCAACCUGGAGUGGGAUGACAGCGCCAUCGCUCCAUCCAGUGAAGAUUAUGAUUUUGGUGACAUCUUCCCCGUGUUGCAGUCAUUGCCAAGUGCAGACUGGGAAGAGGGGGACCUGACCGAUCAGGCUAGCUGCCCUCAGUCGAGCGGCUCUGACCCCCAGACCGUCAUCAGCGAGAUGGUCCUGCUUUCUGGCUCUGCAAAGGGGAAGUCGGCACCGCACCUUUCUCCACGCAGCCCCACCUCCCGACACAACCCCUUCAACGAGGACUCCGACACCAAUCCCUCGGCCAACGUCACACCAGUCCACGUGGCUGAGAGCCGCAACAUCAGUGGCGCAGAGGAUGGGACCGGCGGCGUCCAGCUGGAGGUCAUCAGGAUGGCCAAACGAAGGAAACCAGCUAAGAAACGACGAGAAAAAGGCUCCACGGAUUCCUACGGCAGCAUCUGUAACUCUGGUUCCUCUGAGCGCGUGGAACUGGACCACAACGGCACCACGCCAGAGGAGGGGGGGUCCAUCAACAGCACUUUAGUCCAGCUGGACAGUGAAGGAGAGCCGAGCAGGAGCAGAGGUGGAUCCCAGGUGGUUGAUGAAGAUGAAGGCCAGGGGGAUCUCCUACGGCUCCCCAAAAUGGCGGACACCUCCAUGGAGAGUGUUGGCCAGCCACUCAGGGACGUCAUGGAUCGGCUCAGUGGUUCCUGGGAGAACCCAGGAGGAGUAAAAGAGGAGGAAGUUUGUGAUGAAGCACCUGAGCCUCCCGCACAGCUGCCCUUUCGAGAGGGUUCAGAGGGAAAGCCACCGGACCCGUCUGUCCCGGCCCAGAACUCCAGCUCCCAGCAUGCCUUUCCCACGUCUCCAGACACAUACUGCUUUACCCCCAACGGUCCAGACUCUGCUGACUCGAGUGGUGGCCACCAUGACUCUGCAGGGCUUAGCCAGCCAGAAACUCCAUCAGUUGGCUCUGAGGAUGAAGGAGAGGCAGAAGCAUCAGGAGGACACCAAAUGAAGGAGGAGAGCGCCGAUGGAGCAGAGAACACCACCAUGACGGCGCCGGAGGAAGCAGGAAGCAGAGAGCCGCAGCGACGUCCAUCUGAAGGAUCUCAUCCUGCAGAGUUCAGAGUGGACAACAACCACCUGCUUCUCCUGAUGAUCCACGUGUUCCGAGAAAACGAGGAGCAGCUGUUCAAGAUGGUGAGGAUGAGUACGGGUCACAUGGAGGGGGACCUGCAGCCGCUCUACCUGCUGCUCACAGACUCUUACAUCUACAUGCUGAGAAAAGGUGCAGCAGAGAAGCCGUACACCGUGGAAGACGCCGUCUCCUACAACGAGCUGGACUACGUUUCUGUGGGUCUGGAUCAGCAGGCGGUGACGCUGGUCUGCACCAACAGACGAAGGAAGUUCCUGUUGGACACGGCAGAUUCCUCUCUGACCGUAUGGUUCCUGGCUGUUCUUCAGUCCGCUAUGGUGCAAGGAUGCCGGGAGCCUCCUUAUCCCUGUGUUCUGACAGACGCCACCAUGGAGAAGCUGGCUCUGACCAAGUUUGUGUCCCAGGAGUGUUCAUGUGAGGUUUCUGAAGUCUCUAUUCUGCUCUAUUCACUGGUUCAUUGGGAGGAUCCGAUGGACAUGACUCUCUCUCCCCAGAGCGGCUCACACACCUCAGGACUGUCCUCCAACACUAAAGAAGGAAGUCUGCAGUACCGAUGUGGAACCUCAUACCUGGGCAAGGAGCUGUGGAAGAGCUGCUACCUGGUCCUGAGUAAUGGGAUCCUGUACCUGUAUGCAGAGAGAACUGACGUCACACCUGUCCUGUCUGUCACCAUGGGUGGUGAACACUGUGGAGGCUGCCGUCGGUCCAGCAGCACAGAGCACCCCCAUGUGUUUCAAGUCAUCCUGACGGAGCGCCCCCCUCUGGUACUCAGCGCAAACGACGAGCAGGAAAUGGCGGACUGGAUGCAGCUGCUCUGCCAGUCCGUCUCUAAAGGAGUCAUCCCUCAGGGUGUGACCCCCUCACCUUGUAUCCCCUGCUGUCUGGUGGUGACAAAAGAAAAGCUCCUCACCUGCCAUCAGGACUGUCAGACCAGCUUCUUCCGGUCUUUGGGAAGUGCCGACAUCUGUGAUAUCACCAGCGUCAGCCUGGAGCCCGACAAGGAGUACUGCAUCAUUGAGUUUGCAGCAGAUCGGACACAGUUCCUUCCUCCGUGGGUUCUGUACUUCAGCGGCUGUGAGGAGAGAGGUCGUCUUCUGCUGUCGUUGGACAGAGCAUGGAAAGCCAUCUUUCAGGUGGACCUUCUCCAUAAAGACGUGUUUGAUGCGCUGGUGCAGAAGCGCUGUGGGGAGGCUCUGGAGCUGAUGAAGAGCGCCUGGCAGCGGGCAGACAGUCUGGCUCGAGGCAGAGCCCAGCGGGAACCGUGGUGCUGAAGGACAGCUGAGCCGGCCAGCAGAGCUGCCGUCUCAGCUGCUCUGACCAAACACUUCUGUAGGAAACCCAGCGCUCCAAACGGGAGGAAACAUGAAGACGUUUGCCUUUAAGAUAGCAGCAGGAUGAACAUGAAUCAUUCAAGCCUUGGCCUGCUAGUUAGACUGAACCAUCACUAGUCUGAUGGAGGAACUAAUGGGAAGAAGCGUGCUGUUCAGUUACUGAGCACUUUGUUACAGACUGAGAUGAAUCCGCUUUGAUCCUUGAGGGAACAUGUGCUAAUCUUCACUGUCUCUAUGGUCACAAGCUCUGCUGCUUCUGAACGCACACCACUCCGAGGAUGGAAACUGCUCCGAUGGAAAACUGUUCCUGAUGGGAAGUGUUCCGAUGGGAACCGUCCCUGCCCACAAAAGUCUGUCUGGGGCUUUACGGCCAAAAGGACCGUCCAGCCAGCUACUGGUGGAACCUUCUAUCGAUUCUCCACGUUCUGCACAGAGCUCUGCGUCGGACAUAUGGACUCAUGCCCGUACGAACUUGUAAAGUGUUUAAUUUAAAUGUCAUGAAGGAUGAAACGUCACAGACUCCCAUGGAUUUCGCCUCAUUGUCACACUCUGACGUAGAACGUGCUUUCAGGACAGUGGGAGCAGCUGCGCUCAGACAUUGGGGUCUGAAAGGACCCGCCUGUGAUGAGGCUGUUGUGGAAUGAGCUUCAUGAAGAUGAACUGGGACUCCUUCAUGUUCAGAGCUUCUGUGUUUGAUUGAAGUUUGAACGUUCAGAAGCUCAGAGCUGCUCCUCAGAAAGCCUCUCAAGUCGUUAAAUAUUCAUGCUUGGAAAAUAGUGCUGUGUGCUUUAAUGCAUGUGAAAGCAAAGGUCUUUUUCAUUUUCAUUUGCAUUCAUGUCAUGAACACUUCCACCCUUUACACUGUAAACCUGUCAGUUGGUUUGGUACGUUGAGACGUGGUGGAAGGUCUUUGUCUGUGGAUACUGAACUGCAGAUCAGUCUGAACGUUUCCAGAAAGGUUGUUGAGGACAUGAGAAACUGGACCUGUUCUCUGCAUGAAGCAUCCAUCCAUCUGCCUAAGUGCCACUUUGUCUCACUAAUCUGUCGUUUUUUUUCUAAGAAAUGGAGCCUCAGGUAGAACGACACUCUCUGGAUGUGCUUCUUUCACAUUUUAUACCUAAGGAAUUUGCUUUCUUAUCAGUUGGUUCCUGCAGUGACGCAGAUUUCCAGGAAAUCUUGAAUAAUUUAUUGUGGAUUUUAAAGCAUCUUGAAGUCCUUCCUGAGCGAGUCCAGUUUCAGUUGUUGGAUUGAACCCGACAGCUUGGUGGGAUUAUCAGCGAAUGUGUUUGAACAGUGUUAAGGCGUUCACCAUUGCUGGUCAAUGACUGUAAGAUGACAAACGUACGGUACACUCUGAUAGAUGUGUCAUCAUGUUUAGCAGUUGGCAGAAAACCAGCUUGAAUUUCACACAUGAGGAAAGGCAGGAUCUGAAGUGUUAAUUUUGGUAUGACACUGUAGUUCAAGUACAACAAAACAGAAUAAACUGAUCAAACGCUAAAUGAUAUCACUAAUGCGAAUCCUUUAUAGGUAAUUAUUCAAGUACAGUUGUUGGAAUUCAGCCUUAAUGCAGUAAAUCAGGCUCAGAUUUAAAGGAAAUCAAACUUUUGGAUUGAAUUGUGAUGAUAUUGUAAAAUCCUAACACUUUUCUGUCUUUGAUGUUUUCUGUUUUCUCUGUGGAGCCCUAAGAUGACCUCUGACCUGCUUUAUAAUAAAGUUAUUAAAGGAAGCUGUGCUUUA